AUGUCGACCAUCUGUUCGGCCCUUGGCCGUUCCUUCGGCCGUCGCCCUCGGCCUCUGUUCGCAUCACUGCAGGCCGAGGCGUCGAGGGCCUUCUCAUCCACGCGCCGCCGUCGCAUUAUGGAUACCAGCGGCUUCACCGACGAUGAGCUUGUCGUCCACGAUGGCGUCGGAAAAGUAUGUGCCCGAUUCCCGAACUCGUACUGGCAGGAGCGCGACGCGAGCGAAAAGGACCCCCAAGAGUUCCACGCGGCCCUCGCCGACGCCGGCUGGCUCGGCAUCGCCCUCCCACCCUCCCUCGGCGGCGUCGGCCUGGGCCUGUCGGAGGCGACGAUGAUGAUGCAGACCAUCGCCGAGUCCGGCGCUGGCAUGGCCGGCGCCCAGGCUAUUCACGCCAACGUCUACGCGACGCAGCCGCUGGCCAAGUUUGGAACCCAUCAUCAGCUCCGGGAGACGAUACCGGACAUCAUCUCCGGCCGGUCGCGCGUCUGCUUCGGCGUGACGGAGCCCAACGCCGGUCUCGACACCCUGCGGCUGACGACGGCCGCCCACGAGGUCGACGGCGGAUAUGAGAUUUCGGGUCAGAAAGUCUGGAUCACCUGCGCCCAGGUGGCCUCCAAGAUGAUCCUGCUCGCCCGUACGAGGUCGCUCGACGAGGUGCCGAAGCCGAGCGAGGGCCUCUCGCUCUUCUGCAUCGACCUCGACCGCCGUCGGCCCGGCCUCGAGAUGCGUCGCAUCCGCAAGAUGGGCGGACGAGCCGUCGACGCGAACGAGGUCUUCUUCGACCGGUACCGCGUUCCGUCGAGUGCCCUCGUCGGCGCCAAAGGUGCGGGAUUCGCCGUGGCCCUCGCCGGCAUCAACGCCGAACGUUGCCUCGUCGCCGGCGAAGCGCUCGGGCUCGGCUACGCCGCUCUCGAGAGGGCCGCGGCGUACGCUCGCGAGCGUGUCGUCUUCGGUCGACCGAUCGGUACCAACCAAGGCAUCGCCCAUCCGCUCGCCGACGCCUACAUGCGGCUCGAGGCGGCGAAGCUGGCCACCUACCACGCCGCCCGGCUCUACGACAAGGCGGGAGGGGGUCGGGAGGGCUCGUCGGAACAGUCGUCUUCCGUGGCCGUCGGCGUUGCCGCCAACAGCGCAAAGUACUUGGCCGCCGAGGCCGCCUUCACCGCCUGCGAGCGCGCUCUGCUGACGCACGGCGGCAUGGGCUACGCGGCCGCCUUUGACGUCGAGCGCUGGUUUCGCGAGUCGCUCGUGCCGCGGCUCGCGCCCGUGAGCAGGGAGAUGGUGCUAAACUACGUGGGCGAGCGAGUGCUGAAGCUGCCGCGAAGUUACUAA